AUGUCGGAAGCCAACGGAUCGUCUAUGGCAUGCGACGGGCCGGUUAGCGCUGAUGCCAGUUCUGAUGGUGUGCCGAGCAAAGGUGGUCGACGAGGGUAUUGGGGCAAAGGUUCGGGUCAACGAGGGAAGGGAGAAGGACGGACUUCAUCACCAGAGGGAAUGGGCGUGGAAAAGAAAAAGAAAUCGCGGGCACGUCGCAAGGAGAGGGAUCAUGACGCUGGGAAGCCAACUGUGGUGACAGGGGACAGCACUGGUGUCACCAAGGGUGGUGGUGAAGUUGGCGGGAAGGGGCAUGUCGAAUGGGCUCAGAGGAAUCGGUUUAAGGGAAGGAGACGUAAUGCUAGUUUUAACCCUACUGGUAGUGAGCUGGUGGACGCGUUGUUGCAGCAGUUGGAGGGUAAGGGCCACUAUGAAUGUAUGAUAUGCAUGAACCGAGUUGGAAGAAGGGCGAAGAUAUGGCAGUGCCGCGAUGGGUGUUGGGCCAUAUUCCAUGCUAAGUGCAUUGAGCAAUGGGCGGCCUCGGCUCACAGAUCAUGUGCCAUCCUGGACCGUGUCCUCCAUGUGAAGUGGUUAUAG